CAUUUCUGGCUCGACGACAUGUACCUCAAGAACCCAAUUCCACUACCUGUUAACUCCAGCCCGUUCUUUCUCCUCCCCAAACAACAAUUCCAUUCUUCAACAGACCAACUCAGAUUCGCAGCUAAAAUCAUUCUUUUUGCUCUCGAUUACAAGAAAAAAAUCGACAACCAUGAACUUACUCCUGACUUCAUCCCCUCCAGAGGCGGGAAGCCCACUCCUCUCUGCAUGGAAACUUACGAACACUUUUUCCCUGCAUAUCGAAGACCGGGGGAACAAAAAGACGACCUGAUCAUGUCAAAUCAACAAGGAUUGGAGCACUCCUGGAAUGUGGUCGUCGCUUGCCGAAACCAAUUUUUCUCUCUUCAAGUCAAAGCUGCCAACAGUGAAGACUUUCCCAGCGAGGACCAACUCACGGACCAACUUCGGCAAGUGACGCAAAUGGCACGAGACAAAGAGAACAUGCAGCCACCUGUCGGACUUCUGACGACCGAAAACAGGCAGACCUGGGCCAAAAUCCGAAACAAAAUGCUGAAAAGCCCUUCCAAUACUCAGAGCUUGAAGACCUUGGAACACUGUCUGCUGCUGAUGUGCUUAGACGAAUCCAUCCCUGGAGUGCCCAAUUAUUCGACCAUCAGGAAGGAGGCCACCACCCUGGAGCUAGCUGCCAUGGCGGGACAUGUGCUCCACGGUAGUGGUACAGACGCUGGGACCGCUAAUCGAUGGUACGACAAGUUCUUGCAGGCUGUCGUAUCGCGAGACGGUGUUGUUGGCUUCAUUGUCGAACACUCUGCAUCAGAAGGAAUCACCGUCCUCCGAUUCUGCGAAGAAUUCUUACAAAAACUAUCCGACGAAGAACCAGAAAUUCCUCCAUCCAAUACGAACGUCACUUUGCGUCCUCCGACUACGCUUAGCUGGGAAAUAGACGAUGAAAUCUCGACCGCUAUACAAGAAGCGAGCAAGAAAAUGAAUAAGUUGUGCAAUGAUUUGGAUCUCUUCGUCCACCGAUUCACAAAGUACGGCAAAGACUUCAUCAAAAACCACAAGAUCAGUCCUGACGCCUUCAUACAAGUGGCUCUUCAACUAACUUACUAUAAAGUUCACCGCAGGUUAGUAUCAACUUAUGAAAGUGCUUCUCUUCGACGUUUUAAACAUGGCCGAGUAGACAACAUCCGUGCUGCUACGCCAGAAGCUCUGUCUUGGGUGAAGGUGAUGUGUGAUGACCAACAAGUUUCGGAAGAAGAGAAGGUCAAAUUGUUCCAAGCAUGCAUUAAAAAACAGACAGAAAUAAUGAUAUAUACAGUUAAUGGUGAGGGACCAGAUAACCAUCUUCUUGCUCUCAAAGAACUAGCAAAAGCUAAAACUGGAGACGAUCUGCCUUUUUUCAAAGACAAAUCCUAUUUUGAAUACUUAAACUUCAGGCUUUCCACUAGUCAGCUCCCGACGAACUACGGCGUCCUCGUUGGCUACGGUCCCGUCGUCCCCGAUGGGUACGGGUGCUCAUACAACCCUUGCAGCGACCACAUCAGCUUCUGCGUCUCUUCGUUCUUCAGUUCCAAAGAGACAAGUUCCGAUUUCUUCGCCCACAGCCUGGAGGGGAGCCUGCUCAACAUGGGGGAGAUAUGCCUCAAGAUGAAGCAGAUGGAGGAGGACGCCAAGAACUGCGACCAAGCCUUGCAGAGUAAACAGACCGGAAGAGCAGAUUAA